AAACGAUGUGUCCGAUGUUCCCAUUAGGUUAGGUGUGAGAGACCAUUGUCUCUGUCCACCAACCAAUGAGCAAUCCGCUCGGCUCGGGACGAGGCGAGAUGAGCAGGCUCCGCACCUUCUUCCGUUGCGGUCUGCUACUGGCAAGGAUUUGCCUUUCAUUGGUGAUUGCUGCCAGUUAUCACUACUUGUGAACGAUAUUGUACUGUUACCCAAGAGGCUGCGUGUUCCAAUCAUUGGGCUACGAGAAGGUCUUUCACUGCGAUGAAGCAUCAUCGCCAGUCCUCGUGCCAAUGGAGACCACUUUGCCACUCCUUAAAGGGAGAAUCACUCUUCAAGAGGCGCUAGAAGAAGACGAAGAUGUCAUCAAGAAUCUGUCCUACCCUGAGAAGCGGGCUAUCUUUUGGCUCUAUCUCGACCGCCGGCGUUCCCAAAUCGCCGAAAUCGUUUCCCGCCACCUGAACAUUCCCCUAGCAGCCUUUCAGCUUGGAGAACUCGGAGAGUGGAUUCACGGCAGUUUCAAUGCAUGCAUCCCCAUCCAUAUCACCCAUCCGCCCCGGCCAAAUCUUCCCCGACGAGUCAUUAUUCGAUUUCCCCUGCCAUACAAGACUGGGGAAGAAUACUUCCCUGGCAAUGUUGAUGAGAAGCUACGCUGCGAAGCAGCCACCUACAUCUGGUUGCAGAGCAACUGUCCUGCUGUUCCUAUACCCCGCCUCUAUGGCUUUGGCUUCCCUGGAACACAAUCGUUUACAGCGCUUGAAAAUGAACCAUUCUACAACCGCAUGAUAUGGUACUUCCGUAGUGUUACAUCAUGGAUGUCUGGACAUACUCUUUCCCCUUACUUUGCACACUCUCGUCGGAGUCUCCUUGAGGUCGGGUACCUGGUCAUAGAACAUGUGGACGAGGGCAAGAUGCUUUCCCAGUCAUGGAAGGAGUGCCAGGGCGAUCAGGCCCGGAGGGCCAACCACUUCCAGGAUCUAUCUCGGAUAAUUCUCUCCCUUGCAAAACUCCGGCUUCCACGAAUAGGCUCAUGGACAAUGAAUGAUCAAGGCGUCCCCUCUCUAACCAACCGUCCACUUACCUUCCAACUUCAUCAGUUGGAAAACCUCCAGAUUUCGACAGACAUACCACGGGAUUUUACAUACAUGUCAGUAGACCCAUACUGCUUGGACAUAUUCGCAUGCCACGACAAUCGUAUUCGGCACCAGCCAAACUCGAUUCAUCACCAAACCGAUGCUCUGCUUCCGAACAAUAUCUUCGUCGACGAUGACUGGCAUAUCACCUGCCUAAUCGACCUUGAGUGGGCAUGCGUCCAUCCUAUUGAGAUGCUCAGCCCGCCAUACUGGCUUUCAAGUCCAGGUAUUGGCAAAUCCGCUCCAGGCAUUGACGAACUCAUAGGUGAUGAUCUCGACAAAUACGCCAGGGCACACAAGGAAUUCAUGGAUGCAUUUGAAACAGAAGAACUGGCACUGUACAAGUCCGACGAAUACACAAAUAUCCUCCAAACAUGCUGGGAGACCGGGAGCUUCUGGUACUCUCAAGCUUUGGAUUGUCCAAGCGCACUUUACGCCAUAUUCAUGUUCCAUAUCCAACCAAAGUUCGCAGACCUCAGCAACACAGCUCUCGACGAGUUUAGCCAAGUGGUCAUGCCUUACUGGGACCGCGACACCCCCAACUUCAUCUCGUCCAAGGUAAAGCAACAGGAACACUAUUCCAACCAAAUCAGGAAGGUCUUUGCUGCUGCGUCUCCGAAUUUGCCGACCAAAAGAGACGAGGACCAUGAGGCUCCACAUGCACAUUGA